GAACAAGAAAGAAACAAUAGCGACCUCUUCUCUCUUUCUUGCUUUUUUUUUUUUUUUUCUUUUAUUCUUUUACUUUUGUUUCUCCUCUUUCUUUGGGGCUGAAUUUUCUUUGGGACAGAUAUCAGUCUCCUUAUAAACCACCACUCUUUAAUUCUUUUUUUUUUUUCUCUUUAGAAAAUAAUUAUUGUUAAAACUUCACUUCACCUUUCUUUUCUUUUCUGCAAGAGUUGAUUAUUAUUGCAAAUACAAAAGAGAGAAAAAAAAAAAAAAGACACACACUAAGUAAGUGCUGCAAAGAAGCAGCAAAGAGGAAGAAGAAAAGGAGAGAAAGAGAAAGAAAGAGACGACAGACAGAGAGACAACACAUAGGAGAUAUAGAAAAGAAAGAAAGAAAGAAAGAAAUUCUCAGAAGCUUUCAAUUCUACAGAAAAGAAAACGAUGGCUGAGAGCUUUACAUCUUUUCAUAUUCUGCAACUUCAAGAGCUGCAGAAUUGAAGAGGAGCCAAAAAGGAAAGAAGUUGAGGUGGUGAUUGGAAAUAUAUAAUAACAAAAGAUGAUGAUCAUCGGUAUCGAGAUAUUGAUAUGGGAAUAGCAACACCACCGAUUCUUUCUCACUCCAAGAAUUAUCAUACAGUUAAUAUUGGUCCAUUAGUCCAAGUACACAGCAACGAGUGUAAUUCAGGUGAUCAUUAUUCUGCUUCUUAUUCUUCUUCUAUGUCCCAAGAUUACCAUCAAGCUGCUGCAGGCAUCUUUGCUUUCUCUUCGAAUGGCUUCGAGAGACCAUCAUCGCAAGCACUAGCUCAUCAAGAACAUCAUCAGCAACAGCAGCACCACUUAGCUCAACAGAUCCGAAGAGAUAAACUUAGAGGUUAUGAGCCACCACCACCAACAGGUCCAUUAGUUGGUAUUGAAGAAGAAGAAUCCGGUGGCCUUCCGGUCUAUGAAACUGCGGGUAUGUUAUCAGAAAUGUUCAAUUUCCCUCCUGGAGGACCUGCUGAAUUGUUGGACCAGCCUUUGCAGUCGAAUUACCACCGGACGCAGCAGCCGCGGCAGCUGCAGCCGCAGCAGCAACAACAGCAGACAGUAACAAGCAACAACGAAUGGUUCAACAGCAGCAGCAGACAAGGGAUUGUAAUAGGUGGUUUGGGUCCUUUAGGCGAUUCAAAGAAUCAUCAUCAUCAACACCAUAACAACCAUCAUCAGAUUUCAGGUAUUAAUGCAGAUCCUGCAGCUGCCAUGCAGCUUUUUCUCAUGAAUCCACAGCCAAGAUCGCCAUCUCCUGCUCCUGCUGCAACUUCUUCUACACUUCACAUGUUACUUCCAAACCCAUCUACUUCUCUUCAAGGGUUUACUGUCUCUGGUCCUGGAGGUAAUUAUGGAGCUACUAAUAGUGAUCAAAUAUCUCAUCCACAAUUCACCUGGGUUCCUGAUAGUUCUCAUCAAGGAGCUAACAACACUAGUGCUUCUGUUACUCAACUCAAUAACCCAACUGAGAUUGCCAGUAUUGUUGAAGGACAAGGACUUUCUCUGUCAUUAUCAUCAUCUUUACAACAUCUAGAGGCAGUAAAAGCUGAAGAAUUAAGGAUGGGAGAAGGUGGAUUGUUGUAUUAUAACCAUCAAACAGGAGGCAGUGGUUCAUCUUCCGCUCCAUAUUACAAGAAUUUAAGCGGUCAGCAUCAGGCAGCACUACAUUUACAACCAGGAGGGGUUGGAGUUGGACAAAACCAUCAAGUUCAUGUUGGGUAUGGAUCUUCAUUAGGAGUGGUAAAUGUUUUAAGAAAUUCUAAGUAUAUCAAAGCUGCUCAAGAAUUAUUAGAAGAAUUCUGUAGUGUUGGAAGGGGUCAAUUCAAGAAGAAUAAAUUUAGUAGACAAAGCACAAACCCUAGUUCUAAUAAUCCCGGCGGCAACAGUAGUGGUGGCGGUAGCGGCGGAGGUGGAGGCGGUGGUUCUUCUUCUUCAACAAAAGAUUUCCCUCCUUUAUCAGCUAGUGAUAGGAUUGAGCACCAAAGAAGGAAGGUCAAACUUUUAUCCAUGCUUGAUGAGGUGGAUAGAAGAUACAACCAUUACUGUGAACAAAUGCAAAUGGUAGUAAACUCAUUUGAUCUAGUAAUGGGGUUUGGGGCAGCAGUCCCAUACACUUCCCUAGCACAGAAGGCAAUGUCAAGGCAUUUUAGAUGUCUAAAGGAUGCAAUAGGAGCACAAUUGAAGCAUAGUUGCGAACUACUUGGAGAAAAAGAUGGAGCAGGAACAUCAGGUAUAACAAAAGGAGAAACACCGAGAUUAAGGUUACUAGAACAAAGUUUAAGACAACAAAGAGCCUUUCAUCAAAUGGGUAUGAUGGAACAAGAAGCUUGGAGACCACAAAGAGGUCUUCCUGAACGAUCUGUCAACAUUUUGAGAGCCUGGCUUUUUGAGCAUUUUCUACACCCGUAUCCAAGCGAUGCAGAUAAGCACCUGUUGGCUCGACAGACUGGUUUAUCAAGAAAUCAGGUUUCAAAUUGGUUCAUUAAUGCCAGGGUGCGGUUGUGGAAACCAAUGGUGGAAGAGAUGUAUCAACAAGAAUCAAAAGAUGAAGAUGGUGAAGAUAGAGGACAUCAAAGCAAGCAAAACAGCAGCAGCAACAAUAAUAAUAAUAAUAACAAUACUAGUGGGCAGCUUGCACAGACAUCAACGCCUACUACUACAAAUACUAAUACUAGUACUACACCCACAGCAUCUUCAUCUCCCACCAUAACAACACCAAAAUCAAACACACCAACACCAGCAUCAGCAGCAAGCAAGAGAUCCGAUAUUGGCAAUGAAAACGACCCUUCACAUCUUCUUGCAAUGAAUAGACAAUGUUUCUCGGAAAACCAAGCAACCAACACUACUUCCACCACCAUUAUUACUCCCACCAUAAAUACUACCACCACGGAGAUGGUGGCGCCUCCCCUAGCAUCUCCUCAUGGCCAUCAGCCUUUCCAUGACUUGGCCGAUGACAUAUGUCGCCGUGGCAGCAUAGUUACUGGUGAUUAUGGGACCACUGGCAGUGCAGCAGGAGCUGAUCAUAUUGGGUCAACACUUAUAAGGUUUGGGACCACAACUGCCGCUGCUGGAGAUGUAUCGCUAACUCUAGGGCUACGCCAUGCCGGAAACAUGCCAGAGAAGAAUACUGCUUCUGCUUUCUCUGUUAGAGACUUUGGCAACUGUUAAUUUAUUUCAAUCUUUUUUUUUUAUAUAUAAAAAAUUUUAUAUAGCACCUUUUAAGAAAAUAUUUAUUUUCAUUUUUCUGUCUUUUUUUUUUUCUUUUUUCUUUUUACCACUUUCAAUUCUAUCAAGAAGGAGAAAAUACAUAAUGGAGAAAAGUAGCAUAUGUUAUAAGUUAGUUAGCUGCAUGGAUUCUAUUGUAAUUGUAUAGUAGAUAUUGUUUUUGCAUAUAUAUUUUUGCUUUUUAUUUAUGUAUU